CCUUUAUUUGCUCCCGUUUGUUAAUUUCAAAAACUUCAGGAGGCUUCUGAUUUUGGGAACAUGAAAAGCUUUAGUUGAUUUAUUUCGUUUCCUUUUCCCUAGAUGCAUUUAUUUCCAAAUGGUACACAGAAUGUAGAUUUCUUCCUGCAUUUAAAUGGGUUGAACGGCCUCACAACUCGCCAAAUUCCAGGUUAAUCUACUAUUGUCUCCCGCGGUCACAAUCAGAUCUCCCAUGAUUGACAUAUUUGCACGAAAUCGGUUGUCUGAACAGCGAAGUCUGAUCCGAUUGCUUUCUGUAUUCUCUUAAAUGGGUUGAACGGCCUCACAACUCACCAAAUUCCAGGUUAAUCUACUAUUGCGCCUGUUCCAUUAUCGUCAACAGGUAUGGCUUUCGAAGUCCUUAUUUCACCUAUUGCUUUGAAAGUUCUUAUUUGACCUAUUCUCUAAGCUUAGGUUGGUUCCACUCUUCGGUUUCCACUCUUUGUGUGGAUGUGUUUUUCCUGCUGCGAUUUCAGUGCUUUCCACAUCGCAAAAGUUGCGAAGACAAACUAAUUCAACUUCGAAUUCAGGUUCUCUUCUCGCGCAUAUCUUGAUUUUUAGUUGUUCAUGUUGUGGGUGGAUGAUAAAGGUGAGUUAUGGGUUUUGUCUUAUCCAAUGUGGUAACAAAUUUCCAUCUGUUGCUCUCAUGUUUCAAGUUGGGAAAGUUCCAAAAUAUGAUAAUGUGAGUUGGUCUUUUUGGCUGCAAUAGUUUCUCAUGUGAAUUAUAUUUUGUCUCCUCUUUCUUGAUUUCGGGUUAUAAUCGAGAAAUACUAUUAGUUGGUAGAUGGGUCGUUGUAAGGAGGAACCAGCUCUUGCACCCAAAAGAGUUGCACAGGCCGUGAAGUUGACAUUAUGCACUUCUCAAUCGGAAUUUUUGUAGUUGUACCAGGAUGCAUCUAUGGUGGCAAUACAAUAGGCAACACCCAAAAGAGUUGCACAGGCCGUGAAGUUGUCAUUAUGCACUUCUCAAUCGCAAUUUUUGUAGCUGUACCAGGAUGCAUCUAUGGUGGCAAUACAAUAGGCAACAAAGAAGGUUUGGUCAUUUGGUUGAUCUUUAUGCAUGGAACCCGCACUAUAGAUAUCUGGGUGCAGUUGGACCUCCUGGCAAAUCGUAUACUAGAAGCAUUUGGGAAUGCAAAUCUGCUAAAGAAACCAUCUUCAGUAGGGGAGGGAAUCGAAGGUCCUACUAAAAUGUCAAGGUAUCCAGUGAGAAUUGUUCUUUGGCCGUAUAUGAUAUUGGGUCAUCCAGAUUCUGUUUUCUAUGAUCAAGGAGAGCGUAAAAUUGCGUUGUCCAAACCUGCGAAAGAAUUUGUCCGAGAGUUUGAGUUGUUAUUGGAGAUGAUAUUAGAGGGACCCAAACAAGGUUCUGAUGAGAAUCUAACACCGCCACAUCACAGAAACGUCCGACCUUCAGGUUUCAGCUUGCAACUUUUGACCGAGCAUGGUCGUACUUAAAUUAUUUCAUAGUGUGGAAAGGGAUUCUCAAUCUGUGGAGGAGGAUUUGGUUCGAGCAGCUUGCAAGCUUUAUCUCUCAAUAAUUCAAAAAAUGCAAGCUUACUCCAAAAGGGGAUGAAUGAUGAUCUCUUACUUAUGAUUUGAUGGCCAUUCAGAAACAAGAUCUAAUCUCUCAUUGGCUUAUCAAACUGACCUGAUAAUUGAACAUCA